AUGAGGCAAGCGUUCCACCCCGGCCACGGAGGGCCUCUGGGCAGCAGGCACGGAGCGGCUGAGGCAGGGGGGAGGGUUAGUCUGAAUGAUUCCCACAACCAGAUGGUGGUGCACUGGGCCGGAGAGAAGAGCAACGUGAUCGUGGCCUUGGCCCGAGACAGCCUGGCCUUGGCCCGCCCCCGGAGCAGUGACGUGUACGUGUCUUACGACUACGGGAAAUCAUUUCAGAAAAUCUCUGAGAAGCUGAACUUCGGUGCGGGAAACAGCAGCGAGGCGGUGAUCGCCCAGUUCUACCACAGUCCUGCUGACAACCGGCGGUACAUCUUCGCAGACGCGUACGCCCAGUACCUCUGGAUCACGUUCGACUUCUGCAACACCAUCCGAGGCUUUUCCAUCCCGUUCCGGGCAGCCGAUCUCCUCCUGCACCCCAAGGCCUCCGACCUCCUCCUGGGCUUCGACAGGUCUCACCCCAACAAGCAGCUGUGGAAGUCGGACGAUUUUGGCCAGACCUGGAUCCUGAUUCAGGAGCAUGUGAAGUCCUUUUCUUGGGGGAUUGAUCCCUACGACAAGCCAAACACCAUCUACGUGGAAAGGCACGAGCCCUCCGGGUACUCCACAGUUUUCCGAAGCACAGACUUCUUCCAGUCCCGGGAGGACCAGGAAGUGAUCCUGGAGGCAGUGAGAGACUUCCAGCUUCGGGACAAGUACAUGUUUGCCACCAAGGUGGUGCACCUCCCGGGCAGCCAGCAGCUGCCGUCCGUGCAGCUCUGGGUCUCCUUUGGCCGGAAGCCCAUGCGAGCAGCCCAGUUUGUCACCAGACAUCCCAUUAAUGAGUAUUACGUUGCAGAUGCCUCCGAGGACCAGGUGUUUGUGUGUGUCAGUCACAGUGACAACCGCACUGACUUGUACAUCUCGGAGGCGGAGGGGCUGCGGUUUUCCCUGUCCCUGGAGAACGUGCUCUACUACAGCCCGGCUGGGGCCGGCAGUGACACGCUGGUCAGGUACUUUGCGAGUGAGCCAUUUGCUGACUUCCACCGCGUGGAAGGGCUGCAGGGCGUCUACAUCGCCACCCUGGUGAACGGCUCCCUGAAGGAGGAGAACAUGAGAUCAGUCAUCACCUUUGACAAAGGGGGCACCUGGGAGUUUCUCCAGGCCCCGGCUGUCACGGGAUAUGGAGAAAAAAUCGAUUGCGAGCUGUCCCAGGGCUGUUCCCUGCACCUGGCCCAGCGGCUCAGCCAGCUGCUCAGCCUCCAGCUGCGGAGGAUGCCCAUCCUGUCCAAGGAGUCGGCUCCUGGUCUCAUUAUUGCCACCGGUUCAGUGGGAAAGAACUUGGCCAGCAAGAUGAGCGUGUACGUCUCCAGCAGUGCGGGCGCCCGGUGGCGAGAGGCGCUGCCCGGCCCUCACUACUACACCUGGGGAGACCACGGCGGCAUCCUCGUGGCCAUCGCCCAGGGCAUGGAGACCAAUGAGCUGAAAUACAGCACCAACGAGGGGGAGACCUGGCAGACGUCCGUCUUCUCCAGGAAGCCCGUGUUCGUGUACGGGCUCCUCACGGAGCCCGGUGAGAAGAGCACCGUCUUCACCAUCUUUGGCUCCGACACAGAGAAUGUGCACAGCUGGCUGAUCCUCCAGGUCAACGCCACCGAAGCCCUGGGGGUCCCCUGCACAGAGAACGACUACAAGCUGUGGUCCCCGUCAGACGAGAGGGGCAGCCAGUGCCUGCUGGGCCACAAGACGGUCUUCAAGCGCCGGACGCCUCACGCCACGUGCUUCAACGGCGAAGACUUCGACAGGCCCGUGGUGGUGGCCAACUGCUCCUGCACCCGCGCGGACUACGAAUGUGACUUCGGCUUCAAGAUGAGUGAAGACCUGUUGUUAGAGGUUUGCGUGCCGGAUCCUGAGUUCUCUGAGAAGUCAUAUUCCCCUCCUGUGCCCUGCCCUGCGGGUUCCACUUACAGGAGAACGAGAGGCUAUCGGAAGAUUUCCGGGGACACGUGCAGUGGAGGAGAUGUCGAAGCACGACUGGAGGGAGAGCUGGUCCCGUGCCCCGUGGCAGAGGAGAACGAGUUCAUCCUGUUUGCCACGCGGAAGUCCAUCCACCGCUACGACCUGGCCUCGGGCGCCACCGAGCAGCUGCCGCUCUCCGGCCUGCGGGCCGCGGUCGCCCUGGACUUCGACUACGCGCGCAACUGCUUGUACUGGUCCGACCUGGCCUUGGACCUCAUCCAGCGCCUCUGUCUGAACGGGAGCACCGGGCAGGAGGUGAUCAUCAGCUCCGGCCUGGAGACCGUGGAGGCCUUGGCCUUCGACCCGCUCAGCCAGCUGCUGUACUGGGUGGACGCCGGCUUGAAGAAGAUUGAGGUAGCUCAUCCUGAUGGUGACUUCCGGCUCACGAUCGUCAAUUCCUCUGUGCUCGAUCGGCCCCGCGCUCUGGCCCUCGUGCCCCAGGAGGGGGUGAUGCUCUGGACUGACUGGGGAGACCUGAGGCCGGGCAUUUACCGGAGCGACAUGGACGGCUCUGCUGUGCGCUCCCUAGUGUCAGAGGACGUGAAGUGGCCCAAUGGCAUCUCCGUGGACGAGCAGUGGGUCUACUGGACGGAUGCCUACCUGGACUGCAUCGAGCGGGUCUCCCUCCGCGGCCAGCAGCGCUCAGUCCUCCUGGGCGGCCUCCCGCACCCCUAUGCCAUCGCGGUCUUCAAGAACGACCUCUACUGGGACGACUGGUCACAGCUCAACAUCUUCCGAGCAUCCAAGCAGGGCGGGUCGCAGGUGGCGCUGCUGGCCAGCCAGCUCCCGGGGCUGAUGGACAUGAAGGUUUUCUACAAGGGGAAGACUGCUGGGAGCAACGCCUGUGUGCCCAGGCCCUGCAGCCUGCUGUGCCUGCCCAAGGCCAACGGCAGCCGGAGCUGCAGAUGCCCAGAGGGCGUGCGGGGCACCCAGCACCAGUUGAGAGUAACCUUGGCUUUGUUUCUCCCCUCCCGCCCGCCCACAGAGAGCGCCUGUCUCCGCAGUCAGCAUCGCUGCAGCAACGGGAACUGCAUCAGCAGCGUCUGGCGGUGUGACUUUGACGACGACUGCGGAGACCUGAGCGACGAGAGGAACUGCCCUACUACCGUGUGUGACCCGGAGACACAGUUCCGCUGCCAGGAGUCGGGGACCUGCGUCCCGCUCUCCUACAAGUGUGACCUGGAGGACGACUGUGGCGACAACAGCGACGAGAGCCACUGUGAGACGCACCAGUGCCGGGACGACGAGUACAACUGCAGCUCGGGCCUGUGCGUGCGCGCCUCCUGGGUGUGCGACGGCGACAACGACUGCAGGGACUGGUCCGACGAAGCCAACUGCACGGCCGUCUACCAUACCUGUGAGGCGUCCAACUUCCAGUGUCGCAACGGACACUGCAUCCCCCGGCGCUGGGCCUGCGACGGGGACCUGGACUGCCAGGACGGCUCCGACGAGGACCCCGCCAGCUGCGAGAAGAGGUGCAACGGCUUCCGCUGCCCGAACGGCACCUGCCUCCCCUCCAGCAAGCACUGCGACGGCCUGCGGGACUGCGCGGACAGCUCCGACGAGCAGCGCUGCGAGCCACUCUGCACCCGCUUCAUGGACUUCGUGUGCAAGAACCGCCAGCAGUGCCUGUUCCACUCCAUGGUGUGUGACGGGGUCGUGCAGUGCCGGGACGGCUCGGACGAGGACGCUGCCUUUGCAGGCUGCUCCCAAGACCCCGAGUUCCACAAGGAUUGUGACGAGUUCAGUUUCCAGUGUCAGAACGGCGUGUGCAUCAGUGUGGUCUGGAAGUGUGACGGCAUGGAUGAUUGCGGCGACUACUCGGACGAAGCCAGCUGUGGGGAGGCCGCAGAAAACCCCACCGAAGCCCCCAACUGCUCCCGCCACUUCCAGUUCCGGUGUGAGAAUGGCCGCUGCAUCCCCAGCCGGUGGAGGUGCGACCGCGAGAACGACUGCGGGGACUGGUCCGACGAGGAGGCCUGUGCAGAUUCACACAUUCUCCCCUCCCCCACUCCUGGGCCUGCCACAUGUCCACCUAAUUACUUCCGCUGCAGCGGCGGGGCCUGCGUGAUGGACAUCUGGGUGUGCGAUGGCUACCGGGACUGUGCGGACGGCUCAGACGAGGAAGCCUGCCCUUCGCCCGCCGGUGUUACUGCUGCCUCCGUGCCCACCCAGCUUGGGCAAUGUGACCGGUUUGAGUUCGAGUGCCACCAGCCAAGGAAGUGCAUCCCCAACUGGAAGCGCUGUGAUGGCCGUCGCGACUGCCCGGGAGGCCAGGACGAGGCCGGCUGCUCCACACGUGGUGCCCUGGCCUGUGCGAGCGGCGAGUUCCCAUGCGAGGACGGUGAGGCCUGCCUGCAGCCCUCAGAGCGCUGUGACGGCUUCCUGGACUGUGCGGAUGAGAGUGACGAGCAGGCCUGCAGCGAUGAACUGACUGUGUACAAGGUGCAGCACCUGCAGUGGACGGCCGACUUCUCUGGGGAUGUCACUUUGACCUGGAUGCGGCCCAAGAAGAUGCCCUCUGCUUCCUGUGUGUAUAAUGUCUACUACAGGGUGGUGGGGGAGAGCCUCUGGAAGACCCUGGAGACCCAUAGCAACAAAACCAACACGAGGCUCCGAGUCCUGAAGCCGGACACCACGUACCAGGUGAAGGUGCAGGUGCAGUGCCUGAGCAAGGUGCACAGCACCAACGACGUCCUGACGCUGCGGACCCCCGAGGGGCUGCCCGACGCCCCUCGGAACCUCCAGCUGUCCCUGCCCCGGGAUGAGGAAGGAGCGAUUGUGGGCCACUGGGCCCCUCCCGCCCACAGCCAGGGCCUCGUGCGAGAGUACAUUGUGGAGUACAGCAGGAGCGGCUCCAGGACGUGGGCCUCCCAGAGGGCGGCGAGCAACGUCACGGAGAUCAGGAACUUGCUGGUCGGCACUCAGUACACCGUCAGGGUGGCUGCGGUGACCAGCCGUGGAAUAGGAAACUGGAGCGACUCCAAAUCCAUCACCACCACACGGGGAAGAGUGAUCCCUCCUCCGGACAUCCACAUCGACGGCUGCACCGAGAGUUCUGUGAGCUUCACCCUGACCACGCAGAGCGACGUCCAGGUGAAUGGCUACGUGGUGAACCUCUUUUGGGCAUUUGACACUCACAGACAAGAGAAGAGGACUUUGAACUUUCGAGGGAGCAUGUUGUCCCACAAAGUGGGCAAUCUGACAGCGCAGACGUCAUACGAGAUUGCCGCCUGGGCCAGGACCGACCUAGGGGACAGUCCUCUGGCAUUCGAGCACAUCGUGACCAAAGGAGUCCGCCCUCCGGCUCCCAGCCUCAAAGCCAAAGCCCUUAACCAGACGGCUGUGGAAUGCACCUGGACUGGGCCCCGGGAUGUGGUGUAUGGCAUCUUCUAUGCCACGUCCUUCCUUGACCUCUAUCGGAACCCGAAGAGCUUGACGACUUCGCUCCACAACAAGACAGUCACUGUCGGGAGGGACGAGCAGUACUUGUUUCUGGUCCGUGUGGUGGUGCCUUACCAGGGGCCGUCCUCGGACUCCGUGGUGGUGCGGAUGAUCCCGGACAGCAGGCUCCCACCCCGCCACCUGCACACAGUGCGCAUGGGCAAGACCUCCGCUGUGAUAAAGUGGGAGUCCCCGUAUGACUCCCCUGACCAGGACUUGUUGUAUGCAAUUGCAGUCAAAGAUCUAAUAAGAAAGAGUGACAGGAGCUACAAAGUGAAGUCCCGGAACAGCACUGUGGAAUACACCCUGAACAAGUUGGAGCCCGGAGGGAAAUACCAUGUCGUUGUCCAACUGGGGAACAUGAGCAAAGAUGCCAGCAUAAAAGUCACCACAGUUUCAUUGUCAGCACCUGAUGCCUUAAAAAUCAUCACAGAGAAUGACCACGUCCUCCUGUUUUGGAAAAGUCUAGCUUUGAAGGAAAAGUAUUUUCAGGAGAGCAGGGGCUACGAGAUACACGCGUUCGAUAACGCCAUGAACACCACGGCUUACCUCGGGAACACGACGGACAAUUUCUUCAAAGUCUCCAACCUGAAGCUGGGUCACAAUUACACGUUCACCGUGCGAGCCAGCUGCCUCCUGGGCAGCCAGCUCUGUGGGGAGCCGGCUGUGCUGCUCUUCGACGACUUGGGGUCAGGUGGGGAUGCGUCAGCGCUACAGGCUGCCAGGGCUCCCGACGUGGCUGCCGUGGUGGUGCCUGUCCUGUUCCUGGUCCUGCUGAGCCUGGGGGUCGGCUUUGCCGUCCUGUAUGCCAAGCACCGGCGGCUGCAGGGCAGCUUCACCGCCUUCGCCAACAGCCACUACAGCUCCCGGCUGGGCUCGGCCGUCUUCUCCUCGGGCGACGACCUGGGGGAGGAUGACGAAGACACUCCGAUGAUAACUGGAUUUUCCGACGACGUCCCCAUGGUGAUAGCCUGAGAGAGCUCCUUUCCUCGCGAGAAACCAAAUGGUGUAAAUAUUUUAUUUGAUAAAGAGAGUUGAUGGUUUAUUUUAAAAGAUGCACUUUGAGUUGCAAUAUGUUAUUUUUAUAUGGGCCAAAACCAAACAAACUGAAGAAGAAAGAAAGGAAUGAAUGAACUUUGUAGUAACAAUUGUGAACGUCAAACGCGUUGGCUUUGGCCGCCUGACGGCUUUGAUGUGGUGUGAUGUCGGCUUGCGGGGCUGUGAGAUGACUUUGGUUGAGUAAAUCGCCAUCUUUUAUUUUUCUAAGACACAUAAAUGCAUUUGAUAAACAGGUCAGGAGAGUGGCGAGUGGAGUCCCUCCUCGUGGAAAGGAAGCUCCCUAUUUUGGAUUUCGUUUGGGUUUAGUGUGUGAACGUUUGGUGGGAAGAUUCUGUUAUGUCUUUCUGUUAACUUCCUGGGACUCUGCAUGAGGCGGGCGUGAGGCCCCUGACACCACGGCGAGGGGCCCACAGUGCGAGGGCAGGAGCAGAAGCUGUUUGCUGGGAGGAACAGCCCGGUUUGUUCCCUGCGGCACAAGGAGGGCCCGGAGGGCGCCUGAGGCCUCGCCCCUUCCAUCCACGAGCAGCAGCUCCUGUGUGACCAGCUGGAUCGCGCUGCACCGCCCACUCCCUGCAGGCCUGGCUUCCAGAGCGCGGUGGGGACUGCGUGGGACACACGCUGGGUCGUCGCUGCAGAAGCCGCUCCGGGUGGGAGAGCUGCAGCUCCGUGCCCAUGCUUCCGUUUUGUUGUCACGUGUCGCUGACGCGUCUCCAAUGUCCAGUUCUGUGUGUGUCGGAACGGCCACUCCCUGUCCUCCAGGGUCUACACUGAUCUAUGCAGUCAUUUGAACUGGCCAGUGCCUUCUCUCCUUCCUUUUCUUCCCCCUCCCCUGUGUCUCUGCUGGUUCAAGGGGUUACGGAGAUCUGGGCGCCUGUGAUUGGAGGCCGUCCAGUCCCAUCACGCAGCAGCGCUGCUCUCGGUGAAAUGCCCGGGAUUGUGUUCUUCCUUUAGAUGCCACCCCGGUAUCCAAAUUGUGGCAACUCAGCAGGUGUGUGGACCCAUUGCGGACGGGCCCACCACCAGCUGGAAUGUUGUGGGGACUCCUGCUGCGGGAGCCCACACAGACCACCCUCCCCAGGGGCGGGAGCCGGCCGCCCAGGGGCCCUGGUACCCCAGCUGCAUAAACACCUCUCCUCUCAGAUGCAACGCACCGCCUUCCCCCACGUGUUGCUUUCUUUUACCAAAACAACCAUCCUCGGAUUAUAACAUAGAUUCCUUCUAUGUAGGGAUUGUUUGGGAAACAAAGAGCAAAUGAAAUUGUAGUUUAAAAAUACACAGGGUGGGGCAAAAGUAGGUUUACAGUUGUUCAUCUGGGAAACAGUACAGUAAUUAAUAAGCAGUAAUGGAAGAAUCGGCUGUUCCCGUACAGCUGUAAGCCUGCCUCUGCCCCGCUCUGUACUUGUAUUUUGGAUGAGGAAUGUUUCAGUUGUCGACGUUCACUCUGUCCGUGGGAAAGGCUCGUCUGCUCUAACAAGUGGUGAGGAGGAGCCUCCUCCGCCUGUUUUCUCUUCUUUCUGUCCCUUUCCUCUGUUAUUGUUUGAAGAUUGGCCUUUCUUUCUUUUCCGUGACUUACCUUGAAGUUCUGCAAAACUGCAAGCCCCAGCCCCCCGGCCCCCAAUCUCCUUGAGUAGCGGCAAGGGGAGCGGGCUGGGGACGCGCACAGGUCAGCUGGGCUGGUAGCCGCGGCUGCUGCUGUGAGGGGUGCUGCGCCUUUAUUUUCAGUUGCUCCACAGGCCGCCUCUUCUCCAGCUCCAGGGCGCCUGGGGGAGCUCUGAGGACCCAGUCUGCUGACCAGCGCCUCCCGGGAGCGCGCCCCCCGAGACUGGCCGCCUCGCCUUUCCCUCCAUGGCGGGAGGGGAGAGAGGCCGCGUGCUGUCUGAGAAAGCAGCCUUAGGGUGGGCUGUUCGUGCAGACGCGGAGCUAAGUCCCGAAGAAGAGCUCGACAGGGCGCUACGUGCCAAGUGUCUAUUCUUACGAACGUUUGAGGGGUGCACUCUUCCUUCCCUCUGCACAGCUUUCGGGGUUGGGGGACAUGUGCUGUCCGCUAGAGCCAGAGGCGGAGUGAGUGGGAGAUGGGGAGAUGGAAGCAAAAGUGUGGGCGCCCUUGGGUGGGGCCUGGCCCCUGUGUGCACUGAACCAGUCGGAGCCCUGGCUGUCUGUGACCUCGCUGGAGAUGCCACCUGAACGUUCGCCAUGAAGGGAAGAGGGUUCUUCUCCCAGGGCCUCUGAGAACUUUCUAGAAGUGCACUCUGAGUGAGCUGCGAUGGACCGCUAGCGCGCCACUGGCACUCGGCAUCCAGGUGAGUGUGUGCACGUUUCCUCCGGACGCUGGCUUUGCCCGUCUGUGUUGUGUGCCCGGAGCCUUGAGACCUGGGUUCAUGCAGACACGUGAGCGUCGGUCUCCAGGGUCCCGGGAGAAGCCACGCUGUGCGGCCUGCUUCCAGGCUCGCAAGGAGCGCAGGGACCCCUGGCCACCCCGGCCGCCGAGGGCAUGUUAUGCUGCGUGGAAACAUCUGCCUGGGGAGGAAGGGCUCCUGGGCUUCCAUGUUGACGGUGUUGCGAGGGGCACUUGGGGGCAGAUGUGGGACACACGACCACGUGCUCUGCCCGUUGGGGUGCUCCCCUAGGUUGGGCUUCACUUGAUUUUGGGAGGGUCUGGGGCGAGUGAUGGUGUGCAAGGCCCUCGUUCCCCGGGGAGAUCCAGCCCCACUUCAUGCCCAUCACGGCCUCUGUGCUGACCGCGACCCCCUGGGGCCACCGUGAGUCCCUGCAAAGGCCUUUCUUCCUUCUGCCGGGGUUGGGAGGUCCUUUAGAGAGAGCCCGGGUCACGUGAGCAAACCGAGUGCCACCUCCACGCGGUGUAGACGAGGCAGGAUCUGCCCUGGGCUGGGGGUGCGUGCUGCCCUCGGGGCCGUGUCUGUGACCAGCCAGUGGGUUUAGCUUCAUAGGAGACUUUCUAUGCAAGACAGACUGCCGGUGCGAGGACGGUAGACGAGUUUUCAGAAGGUUGAGGGAGUAGAGGCUUUAGUGUGGGUUGCUCAUUGAUUCAUCACAACCAAAUGGCCUAAGCACGGCAUUGUCCUGUGGCAGCGCAAUGGCGUGAGGGUGUGGGCCGCGGUGGGCGGUCUUCUCAGAUAGGCCACGUCAUUUCCUUGUUAUGAAUUAGGAACUUUACGCAAAAUCAAAAGUCUUCGCAGCAAAAUAAAGGUCUAAUCUCUUAUUUAAAGUGAAA